UCCCUCCCACUGACACACCAAUGAUGGGGCACUAUUCCUCCCACUGAUACCAAUGAUGGGGCACUAUUCCUCCCACUGAUACCAAUGAUGGGGCACUAUUCCUCCCACUGACACCAAUGAUGGGGCACUAUUCCUCCCACUGACACCAAUGAUGGGGCACUAUUCUCCCACUGACACCAAUGAUGGGGCACUAUUCUUCCCACUGACGCCAACGAUGGGUCGUGUGCUUGUGGCAUCCCAGGGGAACCCAAACGGCAGCCCAUGGCACCACAGCACCCUGGUUGAGACACACUGUUGCCACUGCAGGGAUGAGAGCAUGUGCCUGAUUCCAUUUGCUGCUACAAUGGCACUA